GAAAUUGUUAAAAAGAAAGCGGUUAAUAUCGCUAAAGGAAUUCUGCUCUUCUAAUGGAGAGACAACGGAAACCGAAGAAUCUCGGUUUUGCCAAAUUUGGGGUGUUAAUCGCAAAGAUCACAAGUGUGCUCUUACCAAUCAGCAACCAAACAACUUUGUCAAAUCACCAAAACAGUCAAUACGAACGCUAGUGAAAAGCAGUUGGAAAGCAAACGUGCUGUGUGUGAGUUGUAGAUACUCGGCCAAGAGUCAAGAUCAAGCUAGUGUAAAUUCUGUUAAAUAAACUGCCUUCAUUUGCAAUUAAGUGAACGCCCAUAAUGUCGCCUGUGCCAGUACAAGCAGCUGACAUGUCGCUAGCUGCAAUGCAUUGUACCCGCUGUGCGGAUGGUUUUGAGCCCAACGAAAAGAUUGUCAACUCAAAUGGUGAGCUCUGGCACACACAGUGUUUUGUCUGUGCACAGUGCUUUCGUGCCUUUGAGGAUGGCAUCUUUUACGAGUUCGAGGGUCGUAAAUAUUGUGAACGCGAUUUUCAUGUACUCUUUGCACCUUGUUGUAAUAAAUGUGGUGAAUUCGUGAUUGGGCGUGUUAUCAAAGCGAUGGGCGCUAGCUGGCAUCCGCAGUGCUUCCGUUGUCAAAUGUGUGCCAAAGAGUUAGCCGAUACCGGUUUUAUACGCAAUCAAAAUCGUGCCUUAUGCCAUGAGUGCAAUGCCAAAGUGAAGGCCGAGAUAACGGGCCGUUAUAUGUGUCAUAAAUGCCAUGGCGUCAUUGAUGAUGCGCCUUUGCGUUUCCGUGGCGAAGUCUAUCAUGGUUAUCAUUUCAAUUGUACUGCCUGUGGCGUGGAAUUAGACUCAACGGCACGCGAAGUCAAAAGUCGGCCGGGCUUAACGGCCAAUGAUAUGAACGAAUUAUACUGCUUGCGUUGUCAUGACAAAAUGGGCAUACCGAUUUGCGGCGCCUGCCGUCGGCCGAUCGAGGAACGUGUUGUUACCGCUUUGGGCAAGCAUUGGCAUGUUGAGCAUUUCGUUUGUGCCAAAUGUGAGAAGCCUUUCUUGGGUCAUCGUCACUACGAAAAGCGCGGCUUGGCAUACUGCGAAACACAUUAUCAUCAAUUGUUUGGCAAUUUAUGUUUCGUUUGCAAUCAAGUUAUAGCUGGCGAUGUAUUCACCGCACUCAAUAAAGCAUGGUGUGUGCAUCAUUUCGCUUGCUCCAUAUGCGAUAUGAAAAUGACGCAGAAAUCGAAAUUUUACGAGUACGAUGAGAAACCGGUAUGCAAAAAAUGCUAUGAACGUUUCCCCAGCGAACUGAGGCAGCGUUUACGUAAAGCACAUGAAAUGUCUAUGAAAAAGAAUUUCUGAACACAAACGUAGUAAAAUGCCUGCUUAACAUACGCAACAAUUACUACAGUUAUGCGUCAAGGAAGGCCAAAAAGCCAAAAGCUUAAGCAUAAAUGAUACCUUUCAAUUAAAGUCUAACCAAACCGUUGAUCCUAAAUGGACAACGCGUUAACUAAGUGCCUACGAUUUUGUAUUUAAUAUAUGCAACACUUGAUAUAUGUAUGUACGUAUGCACAUAUGUACAGGCAGUUAUAGCCACUGUCAACAUAAAAACACACAAAUAAGCGCAUAGUAAAACAACAAAAUAGUCAGUAAAGUAAACUUUUAAUGUACAGCAAAACUUUAUUCACAAGGCAGUAAAAUGUGAGUGUGUUUUUAUGUGUUCCUUGCACUCCUAUAAACAAUAUAUUUUAUUACAAUACAAACGGCUUCCAUAACAUUUUUUUUUAUUAAUUCUUAAGUAUAAAUACUGUAAAUGCCAACAUAUCCGAAUAAAAUUGAAUAUUUAUAUUUGUAAGUGUAUAUUUAAAAUUUAAAUUUGCUACUGCCAACCUUUAGAUAACAAUCACUUUUAGUCAAAAUUCUUAAAUUUUAUGGCAUACUUUCGCUGACAUACGAAUGCAUGUGCUUUGACUUCCAACUGACUGUAUGCAUCUAUGUUGCUGUGCCUUUUGCUCAGCCUUUUAAUAUUCAAUGCACAACUUGAAUAAAUAAUAAUUUCAGAUUUCUUAGAUAUAUUGUAUUUGAAUACAUAUUAACUAUUUUUCGCCCACGACGUCAUCUGUUGUAAUUUAUGUAAUGUAUUUAAAGUUUUUCUGCAGCUAACAUAAUACAUAUUAAAAGAGUGUACGUAAUAUUUGUUUUAUAGCGUACAUUUAUUGUAUUUAACAAUAAUUACAUUUAAUUUAGUAUUUUGAAUUUAUUUAAUUUUUAUUACUGAUAGAGCCGUAAAAUAAUGUAUGUAAUUGUUUGUUUAAAUGUAUUUGCAAUAGCGAAGCAUUUUAUAUGUUUGAAAUGAGGUAAUAAUAAAAGCGAAAAAUAAACAAAAUAUUUUAACAAUGGA